AUGCGCUUCCCCCAGGGCGACCUCGCCAUCCUCGGCGCCGAAACCUACGAAGGCGCCCUCCCAUUUCGAACGCCGGCUCAGUCGGCUCAGUCGGCUCGCGCCAAGAAACCGCAGCCUGCUUCUCGUAACUCGGACGACGGCGCAAAAAAGCGCACAAAAGCCCCGUCGUCUGAAGGCGAAGAUGAUGAGAAGAAAAGGGCCAGGGGGCGUCCGCGUUUAGACGUGAAAGAUGAGACGGCUGCUGAUCGCCGGCGGACGCAAAUACGCCUUGCACAACGUGCCUAUCGGAAUCGGAAAGAAAACGCCAUUCAGUCGCUGGAGAAAAAAGUCCAGGACCUCAAGGACGCGAAUGAAGAGAUGAGCAAUGCUUUUAUGAAGCUUCACGACUUCGCCGUGAACAACGGCUUACUCGACCGGGAACCCGAGCUUGGCCGCCAUCUUCGUGCAACCACCCAGACAUUUCUCAACCUUGCCCGCAGCGCAAGCGACGAGGGCGAAAGAGACGAUGAUCCAAAUAGCCGCGGCUCCGCCGGUAACAACUCCGUGGGGAGCCGUACUAAAUCCAGCUCACCCGAGCAGAUAGAGCGGGCCGUCGUCACACAAGCAGAGAGCGGAACCCCGAAGGUGCCGAUGUUUGGGGGUUACACCAUCUCUAGGGAUGUUUUUAACCCCUCUGAGCUGCUAGCCGAUAUUUCGAACUCCAUCUUCAGCCACAACCCAAACGUCUCCAGUUCGAUGGACUACGAGAUCGUCACACAACCGACGCUAGCAAACGCCAGCUUCCCCAUCGGAACUGUCCCAGACUAUGGCAUCAGUUUCGGCACCUUCUCCAACGCCCCCGCGUUCCCUAUGAUCCCGUCACCGGGGACAUAUUCUUCACAGGAAGACACUUUUGGUCGGAGGCUACAUAGGUUCGCAACCGAGCGCGCUCUAAGGUUACUGUCGAUGCCUAACCCACCUCAAGCCCGCAUUCAUCGCGUCUUUGGCUUCUGCCUGCUGGUGGAAACACGGGAACAGAUUCGCAAGCGCCUGAGCCGGGUCCUCGCGCGCACGGCGCAGGAAAACCUUUCAAACUGGCAGUAUCCCUUUCAUAACCUCGGCGGCGCUGGCACCCAUUUCGACCAGCCGAACGGCGGCAUGACCCCCUCUUCUGCAGCAGCAGCAUCAUCGGCACACCACCGAGAGCAGGACCACCAACAAGAGCAGCAGCAGCAGAGAUUGCGCAUCGGCAGCCAAGGUACUAUCGACAGCCACCGGCCCCGGAACAACAACGGCUUCUCGAUAGGGCCAUUCACACCUGAGGUCACCGAAGUGCGCGACAACGUGCUCGACGACGACAUGCACAUGGCGGCGCCGGGGUUCCGUGGCGAGUGGCUCGACUGUGACGAGGUCGAGCUGUACCUGAACCAGCGCGGAGUCACGAUCCCGCCCGGCGCAGACUACAUCACGGCCGACGUCGACCCGAGCCUGUUCGACGACAACAAGAGCAACAUGAGCAAUGUUCCCGAAGCAACCCCUUCAUCGGCAAACAUGGCCCACCACACCAACUCCACCGCGGCCUCAUCCUCCCUAUCCUCUCCCUCCCCUCUCGGGCCGUUAUCAGGGCCGCGCCCUUCUCCACCGCCGCAGCACCAGCAACAACCGACAGGGGGCGAUUCCUCAUCAGCGCAGGGGCCAUGGGACAGCCUAAGCACCACCCGGCUAAUCGACCCGCUCUUUGCGAAUGUGCUUUCGCAGGCCGGCGCGAGCGGACCGUUUAACGGUGUCGGCGGCAACAGCGGCGGCGACAGUAGCAACAGCAGCACGGCGGGCGGCGGCAGCGGCGGCAGAAGCAGGCCACCUGAGACAAUUGGCCUAGAUAUCAACCUGCUAAUCCAUGCUCUGACCGACCGCGCGGCCUGCCUCGGCCGCACCCCCGGAGUCCGCCGCAUCGACAUCAACUCGGCUUUCUGGAACGCCGCUACCCGACUCAGCCACGGCUUAUAA